AGAGAGAGAGAGACAGCAAGAGAAAGAGUGGGCAGCCACUCUGGUGCACUCUGGUGGUUCUUGAGACGGUGUCACUGCUGCUUGAUCUCCAACAGUACGACUGGGGCAUUGUGGCUCAUGCAAGAUUCAGCGGAAACACUGCAAACUACUCUAAUCCCAGUGGACGUAUGUAAAUGGACACAGACGGAUUCUCUUCUCAAAAACGUUCUUUUCCACUUUAUGUUAAUGUUUCCUGGAUUCAAGAAAGAGCUGCAACUCCGUGAACUAAUACAACUUUGUGGAUAGUUUGGAUACAUCUUUUUUUGAAGAACAUGCUCCUGUUGCCUACGCCAGAGGAACUUCCAAUAACCAUCACGUCUUGGUCAUCCCAUAUGGAAACGUGGAAAGCCACUAUUGCCUUUUGAACACUGCCAAACAAGAAUCCCAGGCUGUGCUAUGUAAGCAGUAACUGCAAACUAAAGGAUACCUAUUAUUUAGAGAGCAGAUUUAGGAUGCUUGUAAGAAGCGCAGAAUCUUCAGUUUUGUUAAAAUUGACGUAAAAAAACAUCUUCAUCUUAUUAUAAUGGAUGGAAACCUGAGCACCUCAGCAUCCUAUGUGAUCAACAGAACAGAGCCCUAUCACGCAGCGGCGGGACCCUGGAGCCUCAUCAUACUGGUCAUCAUCAUACUGACUAUAGUGGUGGGAAACCUGCUGGUCAUCAUCGCUGUAGCUCGCACUUCGCAGCUACAGACGACAACAAACAUUUUCAUUAUGUCCCUGGCGUGUGCCGACCUCAUCAUGGGGGUCCUCGUGGUGCCUCUUGGGGCUACUAUUGUAGUGACAGGGAACUGGCAGCUCAGUGACACGUUCUGUGAGUUCUGGACUUCUGUGGAUGUCCUGUGUGUGACGGCGAGCAUCGAGACGCUCUGCGUCAUAGCAGUGGAUCGGUAUAUAGCCAUAACGAGGCCGCUCCGACACAAGGUUCUACUCAAUAAGUGGCGUGCGAGGGCAAUAGUCUGCUUAGUGUGGGUUGUGUCCGCUUUAAUUUCCUUUGUACCAAUUAUGAAAGGGUAUUGGCGUGAUAAUGACGAUAAAGAUGCAAAGGAGUGCUACGAUACCCCUACAUGCUGUGACUUUGUGACCAACAGGGCCUUUGCUAUUAUAUCUUCAAUAGUGUCUUUUUACGUUCCACUGCUCAUAAUGAUAUUUGUGUAUGCAAAAGUCUUUCUAAUAGCCACACGGCAGGUCCAGCUCAUAGAUAAGAAUCGCCUGCGUUUUCAAAAUGAGUGUCAAAUAGCGCAGGUGCAAGAUCUCCCCCACAUCAAUAAUAUCCUGUCAACAACGUGUGCCGGCUCCAGCAGCACCGCAGCGAGGAGAAAGAGCGCCAAGCGGAGGCCGUCACGGCUAAUGCUCGUCAAAGAGCACAAGGCCCUCAAGACUUUGGGGAUCAUCAUGGGGACCUUUACUGUGUGCUGGCUGCCGUUCUUUGUCGCCAACAUCAUUAAUGCAUUUGAAAGACGCAUUCCCCCAGAGUGGAUCUUCCGACUGUUAAACUGGCUGGGUUACAUCAACUCCGGCCUCAAUCCUAUCAUCUACUGCAGGAGUCCGGAGUUUCGUACUGCGUUCAAGAGUCUGCUGGGCUGUCCCUGGUUGUCCACUGUGUGGCUCAAUACUUUCUACAAAGAGCUGCAGACUCGCUGCUCCUGCUUUCUAUGGCAGGCUGAGUCGGGCACAGCUGGGUCUUUCCAAAAGUCUCCAACCAGUAGGACUGAGGUCAGUGACAGUCUGGUCAGUACCCAUGGAAGUAACAAAAGUGAAGAGACUUUCCCUGAUCCUCUGCAGUCCAACGGCAGCACACAAAUCAGUGACUUAUCAGAGCCGGAAACCAAAUUCUUCACAUUGCAGGAAAAGGACGGAUGAACUGUAAAAUGUCAAGCUACUGAAGCAAACUAUGAUCCCCAGUCGUGACUGUGAUUCCUGCAAAGGCUGAGACCAAACAACAGCGAGGACAAGCUUAAGUACAACCACCGGCUCUAAUAAGCGUAGAUGAGGGAAGCUUACCCCAAAGAGAAGACGGUAUUGACUGUUGAGAAAACAGCUGAUUUGGUCUGGACGGGAACAAUGUCACUGUCUCUGUGGAGAGGAGAUGGACUGCUGCAGCUCAGCACCUCAAAGACAUAUAGUCACACCAAAGUCUCCUGAGUCAACGCUGCAAAGUUUAAAUGCCUUCCAGUUAACCUUUGGCCACAGUGUAUGUGGCCUGUGGUUUCAAAAAUGACAGAAUUAACUAGUUUUGUACAGUAUAUUAUCUGGUAAGUUAUCUAUUUAUGAUACAGUGAAUCUUUAGGAAAAUACAAAAGUAGUCUAACUUUAUACAAGUCAUGAUUCUGACAAGGCUGUCCUCACUGCCUGUGUAAUAUGAGCUAAACCAAAGGGCUGUGCAUUCAAAUAUUCAAUCCUGGUGUCUGUUUUGGGCCUGACCCCUGUGUCUACACAAUAGUUAUCUAUGUAUGUUAAGUUAUACCACAGCUAUGGAAUGUUUAUUUCUGAUUGGCUGGCUGUUUAAAUCUCAUAUCAUGACAACUCAAACAUAAUUCAUGUCUACAGUUAACCAUCAGUAUUGUAUGUGCAGGGUACAGUAUUACAAACCGCAGGUCACCGAGACAAAACACUUCUGCUACAUGCUGUUUCCAGUAAGCUCCUUACCUUCAGCAAGCAGCUAUGGUAUAAGCUUAUUAACACACUGUCACAUGUCCAAUUAUGGAAAAUAAUGGACUUGAUGGAGGAAACAUUGCCUCGACGUCAUCCAUUAUUUGUUAAAUCGGGACACCUUGUUGUGCAUUAUUACUCACUUAACAUCAUCUGUUGCAUUGAGAAAU